AUGGAUGAGAUGGACCUGCCCCAGAUGAAGAAGGAGGUGGAGAGCCUGAAGUACCAGCUGGCCUUCAAGAGGGAGAAGUCCUCCAAAACAGUCACUGACCUGGUGAAGUGGAUUGAGGAGGUAGUGCCUGAGGAUCCGUUCCUGAACCCUGAGCUGAUGAAGAACAAUCCUUGGGUGGAGAAGGGCAAGUGUGUGAUCCUUUGA